CAGAAAGCAAUUUAGGUUGCAAAGGACACAGUCGACAUUCAGAUGAGAGAACCGCCGCGAAGAAGGAGACGAAUCAAAGCAGGUAAUAUUCAGGAGUAUAUUUGAAUUCUAAGAUGGUCGACCGCGUUAAGAGAGCCAUCCUGCUGGUGAUGGUGACGAUGGUAGCUGUGCAUGCGCAGCUCCCAACACCAAGCGGUAUCAACUUCAUCGGUAUCGGGUACGACAUCAUUGACGGUAACCCUGAGGGAAGCUUCGGAAUCGGAGGGGUAGACCCAGGCCUCUUGGUCACUCGACGGAUCUUCAAAAUGACCUACGACCUUUCGAGAACGUCAAACGAUAACCUGUAUUCGGUUCCCGACGAGGUUGAGUUCAUCCAUCGCAGCAGCGCGGUUACAUCGUCAACUCAUACGACGUUUUAUGGGGAGUCAAGUUACGCCUCCAAGCUCUCCGCUCAAGUUGCCGUCUCUGGUUCUUACAGUAGCAUCUUCGCCAGUGUAUCAUUUUCUGCCAGUUCACGCUACGAGCAGAUUACCAAUCGCAUGUCUACUGAACAAUCAGUGUUCUAUGGCACCCAGACGAUUACUAAUACCGGUAAUGCCCGUUACAAAACUGAGCUUGCUUCACCUGACGCAUACGCCCUCAACAAUGGCUUUGUUGCAGAUGCUUGCAAUCUUCCAAGCACAUACGAUUAUAAUUCAUACAUGUCAUUCCUUGAUUCGUGGGGAACGCACGUUGUAAUUGAAGUGGAUCUUGGAGUGAGGACAGGAACCAACUACGAGGAGUCAAGAUCUACUUUUGUAGAAUACGCUUCGGAACAUGUUGGAGCAAGUCUCAGCGCUUCGGGGUCGUACAAAGGAUUCAGCGCCUCUCUGACUGUCAACAUGGACACCUUCAACAGUGGGCUGCAGAGCGGGGACAGUUUCGGAAGUUCUUACACAUCCUACACGGUCGGAAGUACGUCCAUGAAUGAACCCAUCAAACUUACACUGAUGGGAAUGCACGAGAUAUUCGACGAUAGUUACUGGGCACUUCUGUCGACCUACAUCAACGCCGGGUACUGCAGCAGCUCUUUCCAUAUAACCAGCGUACGAAACAACUUGGUGACGGCUAUGCAGAGCUAUGCCAACUACAAGAGUGUGGUUGCAAGAACAGCUGACGACGCAGUCAAGAUCCCUCUCGUUUGGCCUGAUGGAACCUACGGACUCCCGAAGCCAACAACCGGGUGCCCUCAGGGAUGGCAUGACGGGUAUCGUUAUCACGAUACAGAAGACGACAAUAGCAACAAUUACUGGUCUAACCCGUUCCAUCUAGAAGGUUCGAGAGGAUCCAACAACAUGAGGAAUUAUUUCUGCAUGAAAACCACAAGCGCUGCUCCAUCUGGUUUAGGAUGGGCAUGGCCAGCGGGCAGCUACUGUAUUUACAAGAAGGGCUCUUGUCCAUCAGGAUUCACAGAGGGUAACAUCUACUGGGAUGAUGAGGAUGAUAACAAUCGUAACAGCGUUUCGGGGGUACUCCCGGAUGGGGACUAUGGUAGCAAUACAAGGAUGUACUUCUGUUGCCGAACCGAUGGUUAUACCCACCAUCCCAUCUUUCUUCCAACUGAUGACAAUUUCAUGCUAUUCCCCCUCUAUUCAACCUGCCAAUCGGUUAAUGGGAUGUCGGUCUCCCAGGAAUAUUUCCGCUGGGAUAACGAGGAUGAUAAUAAUCGCGAUAGUCAGACGGCAACACAUCCCUAUGAAGGCUUGCAAGGAGGCAAUCAUAACGUUGUGCUUCACUUCUGCUACUACUACAAUUAAAUGCGGAUAAAUAGGAUAUAGGCCCCGUCUUACAGAGCUUUACGAUUGAUCCGAUUAAUAUCAAGUAUAUGGAAAUCCAUCAAUGUCAUCAAUUUUUC